AUGGCUGCAGUGAUCGAAAAUCAAGAACAGUGGUAUACGACAAUUUCUAACAACGAGACAUUUACAUUACCCAUACGAUAUCAACAUGCACAUGUUACCGGAGAAGGAGCAUUUAGUUUUGUUCUUCAAGCGAUAGAUUCAAAAACAGGUAAAUACGUAGCUAUUAAAAAGGUGAGAGAACCUUUCCGAGAUGCAAUGCACGCAAAACGAACGUACCGUGAAUUAAAACUUCUCUUGGAUUUCAACUAUCCGGAUACACAAGUAGUGCAAUUAUACAAUGUCUUCACACCAGAACGAGAUGUGAAUAAUUUUCAGACUUUGUACUUUGUUCUGAAUUACAUUGAUUAUGACCUACACGAAGCUAUUCAGUGUACGACAUUUACUGAAGAACAUAUCAAAUUAGUGAUAUAUCAGUUACUUCGUGGUUUAAAACUCAUUCAUUCAGCGGGGAUUGUUCACUAUGGUCUGACACCGCAAAACGUUAGGAUAGACAAGUGUGGAAAUGUCUCAAUUACAACCGAUUUUGUCGCUAAUUUUCCAUCCAAUGAUAACAGCGCUUGCAAUAUCCCCUCUAGAUCUUGGGAUGCACCAGAGAUACUUGCUAAUCCAGCACAAUGUAGUAGCAAAGUAGACGUAUGGUCUGUUGGUGCCAUCAUGGCUGAAUUGAUCUUACAUCAACCACUUUUCCGUGGAGAAGAUCAUAUGGAUUAUCUAAAACAAAUCAUUGACGUUCUUGGUACUCCUGAUCCAACAAAGAUAGACGAAAUAUGCAUACCAGGCGCAGCGUCGUACAUCAAACAAAUUCCAGUUCAUCCACCACAAGAUUUGAAUAAACUAUUCGGUUUCAAAUACGCUGCAGGAAAUCCGCAACCAAUAUCCGGUGUUUCACCGAUGGGUAUUGAUCUUCUCAAAUGUCUUUUAACUUUUGAUCAUCGUGACCGUCCGACUGCCGCUCAAUCACUCGCUCAUCCAUUUCUGGCCGACUAUCAUGAUCCUAUGGAUGAACCGACUUUGAAUUCAAUAGUUGAUCAACACCAAGACGCAGAGUACAGCGUAGAGGAAUGGAAAAAAAUCAUCUGGCAAUUAAUUCAAGAUUUUGUUAUACCAUCUUGGGCUAACGAAAGCAUUCACGAUGAUUGA